AUGUAAUUAAAGAGAGAUUAUUAUGAAAUUCUUGGAUUGGAGUAGAAUUGCGAUCAAGAAUAGAUCAAAAAAGCAUAUAGGAAUAUGGCAUUGAAGUGUCAUCCAGAUAAGAACUAAGCAGAAGAUGCAAAAGAAGUGUUUUAAGAAAUCCAGGAAGCUUACUCAGUUCUUUCUGACCCUAAUGAGAGAACUUGGUAUGACAAUCACAAGCAGUAGAUCUUGAACCCAGAUCUUGACAAAGCUGAUUUAGAAACUAUGGAAGGAUUUGGUUUUAAUAUAUGGCAUUAUUUUUCGCCACAUUAUUAUGGUUUUGGAGAUGAUCAAUAAGGUUUGAUUUAAUAUUUAUAUUUUAGGAUUUUAUGCCUUUUAUCGAGAAGCCUUUGAAAAAAUUAAAUUUGAGGAAGAAUCAGCUUUUAAUAAUAAAUAGUUGGAUUCAGAAGAAGAAGACUCAAAUACUGAAUUUGAAAAACUUCCAGGUUUUGGUACCUCAAAUACACCAAUUGAGUAAGUCCUCAAAUUCUACAUCAAAUGGGAGAAUUUCACAACAUAUAAAUAAUUUGCAUACGCUGAUAAAUACAACCCUAAGGAUGCCCCUAAUAGAUGGGUAAAAAGGGCAAUUAUUAAGGAUAACAAAGUUGAAAGAAGGGAAGAGAAGAAAAAAUAUCUGAAAACAAUUAAAAAGUUAGUAGAAACAGUAAAAAAUAAGGAUCCCAGAUAUAAAGAAUAUUUGGAACAAUUAAAAAAGGAGUAAUUAAUCAAGGAAUAACAAAAGAAAAAAUUCAAGGAAUAAGAAAAAAUCCAUAUGCAAGAAAUAUUAAAAUAGGCCAGACUUGAAGAAUAGGAAAGAUUUAAAGAAAAUGAAGAGUACUUUAAGGAGCGACAACAAUUUUAGGUUAUUACAGAAAAAUAAGAGAAAUCUUCAGAUGUUUUCUUUUGUGAGAUUUGUGAUAAGGAAUUUAAAUCAGAAUCAUAAUUUAAGAAUCAUCAAAAUUCCAAGAUUCAUAAAUCUAACUUAAAGGACAUAAUCUCAUAGAUUACAGUAGAUAAGAGAGAAUAAGAAGAAUUAUUAAAACAAAAUGGAGUCAGCAGUGUGAGUGCUUAAGAUUUAGAGGAAACCUAAAAAUAAAUUUAAGAGUAAAUAAAUAAGGAAUUAGAAAGAGAAUAACAAAAAUAAUAAAAAUUAAUAGAAUAGUAGACAAAACAGAAGGAAAAGAAAAAGAAUAAGAAUAAAAAAAAGAAAUCUUAAUAAUAAUAAAAAUAAUAAGACCAAAAAGAAGAGAACAAUAGUAGUGGUGAUGAGUAGUAGAAAGAUACAAAAAAUGAAGAGGAUGAUUAUGUAAAUAGUGAUGAUGAUGAUCAUUUUACACAAUUACUAAAAAAUAAGAAAACUAAUCCAAUUAAUUAAUAAUAGGAAAUUAAAUAAGCCACAAAUGUUUAAUAAUAAUAGUAAAAUAGUGAGAAAUAAUAAUCUGAUUCGAAAUUCUUAGCUUAAUAAAGUGAUUCUGAUGAUGAAAAAAAUAAUAUUCAGGAUAAUAAUAAAGAAGGUGAUGAAGCUGCUACAGAACCAAAGCAACUUAAUAAAGCUAAGUUAAAAAAAUUAAAAAAAAAAGAAAAAGAAAAAUAAAAUGAGUAAGAAAAAUUCAAAUGCAAUGUUUGUUAAGAGGUUUUCUAAUCAAAAACUAAAUUAUUCAAACAUUUAAAUGAAUCUGGUCAUUAAAAAGCAAAAUGA